UACAAAGCUGAAGGGUAACUCUUGUUAAAGCCUUUACAGCAGAACCAGAGAGCAGACUACUUCAGUUUUUCUCCCGCCACGCACGAACACAAGCCUCCGCCAAAAUCCCAAUUCUUCAAUUUCAGCUCCACGUAUCCCUUUAAUAUAUUGACGGACUACUCGUAAAAUUAAUCUACCCACAAAAUUUGAUCAUCAGUUCUGCCUCAAAACUGGCCGGGCUCUGAGCGUGCAGGACCUCCAUAUCCAAGUAUUAACAUCUCAGGACCUGGAUUGUCACUAUAUAUGUUGGUCAUAGAUUGAGUGGAUUCUCUGAAAGAUGGCUGGCAGAGGACGUAUUACAGCUUUUGAGGGGCAUACCCAAGCACCUGGAAUGUUGCAGCAUGGUUCAUUUCGUGGUUAUCGAACGUUGGAGCCACCUCCUCCUGAGCUCUUAGAGGAUAAAAUUGCUGUUCAGGCAGCAGAAAUUGAACAACUUGCUGUGGACAAUCAUAAAUUGGCAGCUUCCCAUGUUUCCUUGAGGCAGGAACUUGCUGCUGCUCAGGAGGAAAUACCAAGACUCAAGGCACACAUUAGAAGCAUCGAUGCUGAAAGUGAUAUUCAGAUCAGAGUGUUACUGGGUAAAAUAGCGAAAAUGGAAGAUAUUAUUAGGACAGGUGAGAGCGUGAAAAAAGACCUUCAACAAGCACACAUUGAGGCACAGAACUUGGUUGGAGUCAGACAAGAGCUGACUGCCAAAAUUCAACAGGCUUCACAGGAAUUGCAGAAAGCUCGGCGUGAUGUUAACAGUUUACCUGAUUUAUAUGCUGAACUUGACAGAUUGAGGCAAGAACAUCAGAGUGUACGUGCUAUGUUUGAAUACGAGAAGGGUAGAAACAUAGAGAAAGUGGAGCAAUUAAAAGUGAAGGAGAAAGAUUUAAUUGGGAUGGCAAGAGAGAUGGAAAAGUUACAAGCUGAGGUGAAGAACUCUGAGAGGAUAGUACAUGCUCCAAUCCCAUACACUGCAGGUUACAUGAAUCGUUAUCCUGCUUACCCUCCACCUAUACAAGGUGGUGCCAUCUAUAAUGGCUACAGACAACCUCCUGUGCAUAUGGGUGUUGUGCAAACAGUAGAGGGAACGACUCCACAUGGAAGUAGUAAAGAGAUGGCUGCUUCCGGCAUGGUCAGGGUUGCUGAUGUCCCCACAGCCGGUGGUGCAAUGUGGGGAGGACUGUAUGAUCCAUCUCCUGCUCGGAGGUGAAGUUGGACAAGCUGCAAUUGUAUGUGCAGACAAUUUUAUUCCUGUCCCAACAUUGCUAGCAUGCGUCAGAGGAUGAAGUAUUCAGUUUUAUUGUUGUGAAAACUAUAGUUACUCUGUCAUGCUUGCAAAGAAUUGUUCAUUUAUGUAUACUCUCUUAGUUCUAGUUCAGUAGGUCAUUGAAAGGAAGUUUUUCUUUCCUAUUUAAUCUGGAGCCAACUGCAUGAGGAAACUGAAAAUUGGGUGAUAAAGUCUAUAGCAAUGUUUAUGAACAGAGGCUUUACAUAAUUUAAAAAAAUUUUCUUAGGCCCCCCUAGUUAUUUCUGAAA